UAAGUAUAAACCCUAAAAAGGAAAACCCCUUCAAAGCCCUCAGCUCAGAGAAGCAAAACAGAAGGAAGAAAAUGCGACCACCGAGAGGCGGCGGGGGUUUCAGGGGCGGCAGAGACGGAGGGCGAGGGAGAGGGGGUGGCCGAGGAGGCGGUGGUCGCGGUUUUGGACGUGGUGGCGGUGGGUUCCGUGAUGAAGGGCCUCCUGCUGAAGUAGUGGAGAUAUCUACAUUUCUUCAUGCUUGUGAGGGUGAUGCAGUGACAAAACUCACCAACGAGAAAAUACCUUAUUUUAAUGCUCCAAUCUAUCUGCAGAACAAGACCCAGAUUGGGAAAGUUGAUGAAAUUUUUGGUCCCAUCAACGAAUCUUAUUUUUCAAUCAAAAUGUUGGAAGGUAUUGUGGCGACUUCGUAUGCCCUGGGUGAUAAGUUCUAUAUUGACCCGAGCAAACUUUUGCCUCUUGCAAAAUUUCUUCCACAACCAAAGGGACAAUCACAAGCUGGUGCAAGAGGUGGUCGUGGAGGAGGCAGAGGUGGCGGUAGAGGUGGUGGCCGUGGGGGUGGUGGAUUUCGUGGAAGAGGUGCCCCAAGAGGUGGCAGAGGUGGUCCUAGGGGUGGUGGCCGUGGUGGUGGAUUUAGAGGCAGAGGGAGAUUUUAGAAUAAUAACAGUUUGUAACAUUACCAAUGCCCUUCUGUGCUGCCCCUUUCAGAUGUCAUGGGCAUACAACUUUGAAAAUUUGAUAUCGAACUUAAUUGAGACUUUUGGUUGUGUCAAUUGGAGAUAUAUUUAUUUCAUAUUUUUGUUUA